AUGGACAUUCUGUUGCCGUUGCUUUUAUUUGGUGGUUUAUUGCUUUUUGCAUCAAACAAAAAUAAAGAUGAACCGGAAAGUUCGGUUGAGGUGCCAUACACCGAGGAAACCUCAAGCGAAUAUGUUACAGAUACGGUUGAAACAUCCACUGGUCAAUAUUUCGUGAAUCCUGUGGAAGAAAACACGAAUGCGUCUAGUGACAGAGGUCCAAUCAGUAUAGAGAUACUGGAGAUUAUUGUACCACCAGGUGUUGGAAAUGCUGUGAAAAUAAUUUGGGGAAGACAGUUAGAUAAUUUAAAUUUAAAUAUGACUUACAAUAUCUACUAUGACGUGGAUGGAGGGGAGUUGUCAAGCCCCAAGCUAAAAACGACCAACUUGAGCGCCGUAAUAGAAAAUCUCGAAUUCUGUACGAAGUACAACUUCGCAGUGAGCACAGCCAACAACGAAAACAAAAUCAAUCCAAAUAAUAUCCGCAGCGUCGUAACGUACAUAGAUCGCCGAGCGCCUCCAGAGGAUUUGCAGGUUGAUUUCGAGCCCAGAGAAGAUCCGUGUUUGCUUAUCAAAUGGUCGGCAUCUUGUUCAAAUAUUGGUCAACCCAUUGGCUAUGUCAUAUCCGCUUUCGAGAGGAGUUCGGCUCGGUAUACCAUCGUAACUCUGCCCGGCAGCAAACGAGUGGAUUCCGUUUACCAUUUUAAGGCGAAUUACGGCGCUAGAUUCGACAUCAAAGUAUCCACUAACUUUCCAGGAUCGCAAACCACAGACAUUGUCACAUACAAAGUCCCGAAUUUCCUUCAACCCUAUAAAGUUCGAAUCACGUCAAAUCCAGACGGAGCAUUCCUGAUCUAUUGGUCGGAACCGUUCGUACCCUAUUAUAUCGACAGGGUCUAUUACGAGGUCUACAUAUAUCGAGGUACUAAUAUAUCAAGUAACUAUGAGAAAUACUACGUGACCCGGCCGGCUCUGGUUUAUAAAGGGAAUGAGUCCGAAUACACGUUCUGCGUGGGUCUUGUGUCAUACGAUCAACAAUAUAGGUCUUUGUUGACUGAUCCCAUUGUGGCCAACCUGAAUGGGGAUGUGCGGGAAAUUAGCAUAAACUAAUUAAUAUUUACUUAUCCUUUUAGAAAUAGCUUUAUUAUAAACACAGGAUGUGUCUUACGCAGCUAUUGCGUUUAAUUAAAUUUUAGCCAUUAACGCCGCACAAUUUAAUUUACAGUGGUUCAAUACACAGGAUCUUAAACGCCUUCAGUUGUGGAGAAGUGUAGGGAAGUAUGCAAGAUACACUCAUUACUCGGCUUCAAGGUUUACUCCUAAUUGUGUCUUCAAGGUUGUUGUUGGAUGAUGAUUUCAAAGUGGUGAAAUAUACAGGAAGUAAAGAAGCGAGCAGGCCGUGCUUGAAAGGGCGCUUCGUUGUGUCAAAAUAUUGAUUUAAGUGAAUUUACUUUGGUAUAAAUUGUAUGGUACAAAUUUAAAAUAUUAUGUGAGCACUCCAUAACUUUUUGAGAUGUUUGAAAUGUUUUUGAGGAAAUAAAUAUGAUUACACAUUUUUUUCUUAAA